GACAGGAUAUCCAUCAGUUUGAUUAAGAGGAGAGAGACCCUGAGCCUCUGUGUCACUGCUGCUUUCUGCCAAACACCUCAGGACGCAGCAGACCCCUCUCUCUCUUAUGAGUGAAGAACUGGCUUGCAGCAUCAAGUAGGGAACACCAAACUACAGACCAAGGAUGUUGCCUUACUCAAACAUCAUAGUUUUUUUUUGUCUCCUGCAAGUCCUCUGCAUCUCUGCAAACAUAGACACUGGCUCCUUCCUGAUCUUCAACCAGGACCACAAUAAGUGUGUAAAGGUAGAGACUGCCACCUCGUUAACAUUAGCCCAAUGUAAUCCCCAUGCCAAGCAGCAGCAGUUUCGCUGGGCCUCCAACUCUCGUCUCCUCAGUCUGUCCCUCAAACUAUGCUUAGCAGCCACCGAGAUCAAAGACUGGGUCAAGGUGGUCCUCUUUGAAUGCGAUGAGAACAGUGACCUUCAGCACUGGCAGUGCAAGAACGAUACGCUCUUUGGUCUAAAAGACCAGGACCUGCAUCUCAACUGGGGCAACCGCAAAGAGAGGAAUUUGAUGAUCUACCAAGGAUCAGGAGUCUGGAGCCGAUGGAGGAUGUUUGGUACAAUGGGCGAUCUUUGCUCCAAAGGGUUUGAAGAGAUUUUUACUUUGGCGGGAAAUGCAUUUGGGGAACCCUGUCAGUUCCCAUUCAAGUUCCAGGAGAAGUGGUAUGCCGAAUGCACGAGGGACGGCCGCACAGAUGGACAGCUGUGGUGUGCCACCGAGAGGGAUUACGAUAAAGAAAAAAAGUGGGGGUUUUGCUCCACCCAAGGAUCCAGUGGCUGGGACUCUGACCCAGUCACAGGAGUUCAGUAUCAGAGGAAUGCGCAGGCAGCGCUGACCUGGCAUCAGGCCCGGAAGAGCUGCCAGCAGCAGGGAGCGGACCUCCUCAGCAUAGUGGAGCUGCAUGAGCAGUCUUACAUUUCAGGGCUGACCAGCCAUUUGGGAACAUCUCUGUGGAUUGGGCUAAACAGCUUGGAUUUUGAGAGCGGAUGGCAGUGGAGCAACGGAAAUCCAUUUAGAUAUUUAAACUGGGGACCAGGUCAUCCCUCCUCUGAACCGGGGCUCAACUGUGCAACAAUAAAUGCAGGAAAAGCCUCCAAAUGGGAGAGCAACGCCUGCACCAAAAAGCUGGGUUACAUUUGUCGAAAGGGAAAUUCUACCAACCUGCCCCCACCGCCAAUCAAAGGGCCAAGCUUCUGCCCCAGUCACUGGGUUCCCUAUGCAGGAAACUGUUACUUCUUGGAAAGAAGUAAAAAAAUGUGGAGGGAUGCUUUGGCCGCCUGCCGCAAAGACGGAGGUGAUCUGGCGAGCAUACACAGUAUAGAGGAGCAGAGCUUUGUCAUUUCUCAGACUGGAUAUUCGCAGACGGACAUGCUCUGGAUCGGUUUCAAUGAUCAGAGGAAUCAGCUGCUGUUUGAAUGGUCCGAUCACUCUCAGGUCACCUUCACCCAGUGGGAUACUGGGGAGCCCUCACACAUCAUCAACCACCAGGAGGACUGUGUUCUCAUCCGGGGCAAGGAUGGAAAGUGGGCAGAUCACACAUGUGAGAAGAUGCAUGGUUACAUCUGUAAAAAGAAAGCUUCCACUACUAUGUCUGAAGGCAAUCAAGAGGAAGUGAACCCCGGAUGCAAGCUUGGUUCCUUUCGAUUUGGCUCAUUCUGCUACAAUAUUGGAUCCGAAACAAAAACAUUUGAGGAGGCAAAGCAGGCAUGUGCCAAUUCUGGUGGGAAUCUGUUGGACAUAGCUAAUAGAUAUGAAAAUGCCUUCCUGGUCAGCUUGGUGGGUUUGAGACCAGAAAAAUAUUUUUGGACAGGUUUCUCCAACACAGAAGAUAAAACCAUCUUCAAGUGGACGACAAAUCGAAAAGUCACCUUCACUCAUUUCAACGCGGGCCAACCAGACAGACUACAGGGAUGUGUCGCUAUUACAACUGGGAUAUUUGCUGGACUAUGGGAUGUUAUUAGCUGCACAAACAAGGAAAAGUACAUUUGCAAAAAGGUGGCAGACAAUGUGCAGAUGACGACGGUUCCUCCCACCACCCCAGCCUUGAACUGUGCGCCUGGUUGGACCCCUGUCGUUGAAAGGAACACCUGCUUAAAAAUUUACAGAAAAGAAAGUGCUUCAAAGAAAACUUGGCAGGAAGCACAAGACUUUUGUAAGACCAUUGGAGGAGACCUGUUGAGCAUACACAGUACGCGGGACUUGAACAAUAUUGAGUUUCGUAGCUCUGCCUGGAUCGGCCUCAGACUGCAGGGAACCAAUGAGGGAUUUGCAUGGAGCGAUGGUUCGCCUUUUGAGUUUGAGAACUGGGGAUACGGAGAACCAAACAACCACAUGGACAGUGAACACUGUACAGAGAUUCAUCAAUACUAUGGGCAGUACUGGAACGAUCGAAACUGUGAAUCGUAUAAUGACUGGAUCUGCCAGAUCAAGAAAGGUGUGAUUCCCAAACCCGAGCCUACUGUAGUUGAAGAAGUUUACAACACCACAGAAGACGGGUGGAUCAUAUACAACAACUCUCAAUUCUACGUCAACAAUGAAAACUUACCAAUGGAAGCUGCCAGAGCGUACUGUAAGAAAAACUUUGGAGACCUUGCAGUCAUGACUGGGGAUAGUGAGAGGAAGUUCAUCUGGAGACAAAUUGCAAGAUUCAGUGACAUGCAGUACUACAUUGGUAUGGUGGUGAAUUUGGAUAAAUCCUUUAGCUGGUUAGACGGCACACCUGUAACUUACACAGCAUGGAAUCAUAACGAGCCGAACUUUGCAAAUAAUGAUGAAAACUGUGUUACAAUAUACAGAGAAAUGGGCUACUGGAAUGAUAUAAACUGUGGUCUUGAGCUUCCUUCUGUUUGCAGACGAAGCAAUAGCUUCAUAAACACAACAAUGGCUCCAACCGCAGUUCCUAAUGGCGGGUGUGCGCCUCAGUGGAUUCUCUUCAAAGGAAAGUGCUACAAGUUUUUUCUAGGAAAUAAUAAGAACUGGCGGGAUGCCAGGGAAUUCUGCACUAAUGAGGGAGGAAACUUGGUGUCUAUUCUCAAUGAAAAUGAGCAAGCGUUUCUUACAAUUCAGAUGUUCCACUACAAUGAGGAUUUUUGGAUUGGAAUGAACGACGUCAACUGGGAGAUGCACUUUGUCUGGACUGAUGGCAAAGGCAUUUCAUACACCAACUGGGCUAAAGGGCACCCUGUAUCAUCACCUGAUGGUCGCUACAUGAUGGACGAGGCUUUUGACUGUGUGAUAAUGACAGGCAACCCUGCCAAACUGAAAGGAAACUGGAAGGUGGAGGACUGUGGUGCAAAACGUGGGUUCAUCUGCAAAAAAAAUGUUGAUUCCCAGAUUGUACCUCCACCUACGACACCCCAGAACUUCUACAAGCUUGGCAAUGAUUCUUAUAAACUGAUUGUCCAGAAAAUGAGAUGGGAUGAGGCGAGGAGACAGUGCCAAGCAGAUGAUGCAGAUCUAGCCAGCAUUCUAAAUCCUGUCACCCAGGCGUACAUGACCUUGCAGAUGUCCAGUCACAAUGAGCCUGUGUGGAUUGGGCUCAACAACAAUGUGACUGGCGGUCGCUUCAAGUGGGUUGACAACUGGUCACUUUUUUAUACCAAAUGGGGAAAGGAUGAGCCUAAAAGCAACUAUGGUUGUGUGUAUAUAGAUGUGGACAAAACAUGGAAGACUGCACCAUGCACCAACACCUACUAUUCUGUUUGCAAAAGAUCAUCAGAAAUAGCUCCAACCGAAAUACCACAGCAUCCUGGCAGUUGUCCAGAGUCAAAGAAGCAAAGGAAUUGGAUACCCUUCAGAGGCCAUUGCUACUCAUUUCGAAGUUCAGUGGUGGAUAAUUGGGCCUUUGCCUCAGUUGAAUGUAUAAAAAUGGGUGCUUCUCUAGUGAGUAUUCAGGACCCUGCUGAGGCAAUGUUUAUACAGAAAAACCUGGAACUCCUGGAGGAUGGUGCCAAAACGUUCUGGAUAGGUCUAUACAAGUCCCAUGAUGAUGAGUGGAUGUGGAUUGAUAAAAGUGUUUUGGAUUACACCAACUGGAAAUCAGGAAUGCCAAAGUCUGAAUCUUGCGUGGAUAUCCAUUCUGACAGUGGACAGUGGAGUACAACCAGCUGCAAUCGAUACAAGUCAUAUAUCUGCAAAACACCAAAAAUUAUUAAACCUACAGAAAAGUUACCAGCUGUUGCUCAUGUAGUUCAAGAGGUUUCCCAUGAAUCUGCUGGGAUCGCUGUGGCAAUUGUACUCAUUGUUAUUGCCAUAGUUGGACUUGGCGCUUUUCUUCUUUUGCGUAAACGGACAGCUAACCCUGAACUGGGAGAGUCCACCUUUGACAACAUGUUAUACUUUACCAAUCUGUUUCGAACCGGUGGGGACACCAAAGGCCUGGUCGUCAACAUAGAGGAGAAUGAGCAAGCAUAGACAGAAUCAAGACAACCAAAAGAUCUCAAAGAAAAAAUUCUCAAAGAAUAAUUUGAAAACAAGUCUUCUAUCAUUGGAAUGCCACCAUCAAAGUUUUGUACAUUUUUCUUUUAAUUAAAACAUUUAAAUAUGUUGUUUUUUUUUUUUUUAAGAUUUGUUUCUUUUCACAUUGGUUGAAAAUAAACUUGUUACAUUCUUGUUUCUGUGUAAAUAAAUGCUGUAAAAUUGCAAAUAAAAAAUGACGUUACCUAAA